AUGGACCUAGAUGAAGAGAUCUAUAUCAAUAUCGAAGAGCUGCGUGACACCAUUAGCACUAAACACAAAGGACCAGAGAACAAUGAAACCAAACAUGUGAGAGCAGACUUUGUGGCUGGAGAUGAAACUGAAACCUGCUCAUCUUACAAAGUGGCUACAGUGUGUGUGGGGCUGCUGUGUUUCGUGCUGCUGACCACUGUCAUAGCAGUCAGUGUACAAUAUGACAAAGACUAUAAUCAACUGUCCAGAGACCUGGCCAACCACACAGCAGAGAAUGAGCAGCUUCUGCUCAGAUACCAUAACCUGACAGAGGAGAGAGAUCACCUAAAAGACACUUUCAAGAGUACAGAACUUAAGCUGGACAAUGCCAUGAAGAAAAUUGGAUCAUGCCCUGAUGGAUGGAGUCUGUUUGGCUGCAGUUGUUACUAUUUGUCCAGAGAAGUGGCAACUUGGGAUAACAGUAGACAGCAGUGUUUGAAAAGAGGAGCAGACCUGGUGAUCAUUAACAGCCAAAAAGAAAUGGUGUUUCUGAAUAAGUUUGGAACUUUGAAGUUUUGGAUCGGUUUGAGACGAUUGUCUGGCCAAAGUAACUGGAUGUGGACUGAUGCAAGCUCACCUAGAACCACGUAA